CUAUUUUCCUCUAUAAUUCGGUUGCUUUUUCAUGAAGAACGACAUUGUGAUUGUGUUUGAGAUGAAGUUCAAUUCUCAAGAGGGGCAAAACAAUGCGAGUCAAACAGUUGCGAGCCUUGCAAAGGAAAUUGAUUACAAGAAUCACCAAUUGUUGGAGUUGGAACACAAAUAUAACGACACAAAUGCGCUUUUUCGCAAAGUCGUUAUCGGUCAUACAGAAGCCAUUAAUGCCAAAGAAAGAACUUGUUUGGAAAUGGAGCAGAAGUUCCAUGAGUCCUCUAUGACUAGCAGAGAAUUGGUGAGUGAGAAAGAUAUGCUGCUGAAACGAUAUGGCACAGAAAUGAGUUUGAUGAAGUCAGUUAAUAGAAAGCUGGAGAAUGUUGUGGAAUGUCAGAAGAAAGAACUUGAGCGUCGAGCCAAAGAGUUGGCAGAAAGUAAGACCCAAAAUGAUAAAGUGCAUAGAGAUCUGAAGGAUGAGAUUGCAAAGUUGAAAGAUCAAUUGCGAGAUCAGAUUUCUGUAUCAAGCAGCAGCUGUUUGAAUGCUCGGAUUAAUGCCUUGGAAAAGGAAAUAGAGGAGAAGAAUGAGGACAUUCUGAGUUUCCAGACCCUCAACCAUAUUCUCGCUGCUAGAGAUUUCAAGAGUAAUGAAGAACUACAAAAUUGUCGUAGAGAUUUGAUAGAUGGCUUGCAAGACAUGUUGAAUAAGAGGACAAAACUUGUAAUCAAAAGAAUGGGAGAGGUGGAUCAAAUCCCUUUUCGAGAGAUGUGCUUGGAGAGGAUUCCGAGUGAAGACUGGCAGGGUGUAGCUGCUAAAAUAUGUUCAUGUUGGCAAGACCAAGUGCAGGAUCCUCUUUGGCAUCCUUUCAAGAUCGACAGCUCGGAUGGGAUAACACGA